CGUUAGAACGUCCGAUCGAACGUCCGAGGUAGGACAGUGUACAGUUCCGGUUCACUAACUAAAUAAAUAUUUGUACAUGUACUUUACUCUUCAGAUUUAUAGGCUUCAUAAAAUUUAUUUACUGUCAGUGACGCAGUGAAUGCGGUUGGACUACGAAUAUGGACACUUUAUACUUAUUCGUGGUGAUAUUUUCCACCUUUGUAGUGUUCGCAAAUUCCCAGGAUCCAAUAAUAAACGGCAAACUGGGUGAAAUUGUUGGAAAAUUGAAAACUAUUCAGUUAGGAUUACCUUACCAAAAUGUACACGAAUACCUCGGUAUUCCCUUUGCCAAACCACCAGUUGGGGAUCUGAGAUUUCGCAAGCCGGAACCUAUGACGUCAUUGCCUUCGCCGUUUUAUGCGCAGAGUCACAGCGCAUUUUGUCCACAGAUUGCUUAUCCAGAGGUUCCAGUCGAACAACAGAACGAGGAUUGUUUGUACCUUAAUGUAUAUGUUCCCGAGCGAACAGCCGAUAGCACAUCUGGACAUGCUGUAAUGGUUUGGGUAUAUGGAGGUGGGUUUCAAGAAGGAGGUGCAAGCCAGUAUGAUUUUUCUACCCUCUCUCUAGCGGGUAACAUAAUUGUAGUUACUAUUAACUACAGAGUUGGCGUAUUUGGGUUUCUCAGCACUGGAGAUGAUAACGCGCAUGGCAAUUAUGGUCUAUGGGACCAACAUUUGGCUUUCAAAUGGGUUCAUGAUAACAUUGAGGACUUCGGAGGAGAUACUCAAAGAAUAACAAUAGCUGGUGAAUCUGCCGGUGCUAUGAGUGUUAUCCAGCACGCUCUUUCUCCGGGCAAUCGAGGAUAUUUCCAGAGAAUCAUUGCCCAAAGUGGAAGUAUGUCCGCACCUGCUAUAAACUUGGAAAGAGACGGAUUUAAAGACGUGUUAGCCAUAGCUGAUAGGUUAAAAUGUGAAUAUUACUCAAAAGAUGAGUAAAUGCAAUGCUUAAGGGAGAAAAGUGCAGUUGAUUAUCUAACCGUUUUAAAAGAAGUGGGACACAGCGUUUCCUUCAAUCCAGUAGUCGAUGGUGACCUGAUUAAAAUAAACCCUCAGAAUAUUGCAAAGAUGUCUGAACUUAUUGAAGGUCGAGGAUUAGA